AUGUCCUCAGCACAGGGCAAGGAUAUAUCGGACUACCAUAUCAGCGGUGAGUCUCUGUGUGUGUGUGUGUGUGUGUGUGUGUGCCUGGCCCCACGAUGCCCCAUCCAUUCUGAUGUUUCAUUCUGCUUGGUCACACACAGCAGAGCCACCGAUACAGUCUGUUUGUGUGUGUCCUUAAGGCAACCCUUCAUAAGAACACUUAAACAAGGCUUUGGCAUAUCCACAUUAAAAAGACCAAGGUAUUCCAUCGUUUUCCUGUCUGCUGCUUUGAAAAGGCAAGGUAAAACUGUCUGCUUUGGGCAUUCACAAUAAGUAAUUUAUCUUGAGAGAGACGGCAGUAACAUUUAAUGAUGGUUCUUUCAAGUCGAAAAUGUGAAAUGUGUUUUUAGGUGCAAAUGAGAAUGCUGUUUUUGUUAGUAAUGAGUCAUCAAGUGAAAAGUCAUCAUUAUGAAUGUUUAGUGUUAUAAAGGUUUUAUUAAGCAAUGCUUCGUUUGAUGAUACAUUAAAGUAAAUAGUGGACAUCAUUUGCUUUACAAACAAAUGUUAUCCCCCCCCCCAGUGGUCCGAGCCCCCCCUGGAUGGGAGGUAGGGGUGUUCGUGACUGGGUUCCUCCUGUUGUUGGCGGUGGCAGGAGUCAACCUCUGGAAGUUAUGGAAGUCUGGUACCUUUCCUGCACCCUCACCCUUCCCAAACUUUGACUACCGCUAUCUACAAGAAAAAUAUGGCAACUCCUUCUCAGAAGCGCGGCAAAAGGUCAGAGUUUAUUUCAAGUCCAUUGAUACUACAUAGGGAGAGAAUGUUGAAAAUACCAAGAAUUCUCGGUAAGACUUAAUUUGAAGGGUACCUGCAUAAGGACAUCAUAACACAUUAGUAAGCCGCAUGUGUAAACAAUUCAUGAGUACUCAAUCAAAAAAUCUUACAUGUAUGGAAACCACCACUACACUACAAUACACAACACUCUGAAUGCACCAUAAUAACCAAUGGCAGGAAAAUUGUUUUGAGCCACUAACUUUAUACAUUUGGGGUAUGUUCAGUAUACAACCUACUUCCUACAUUUGAGCACUUAUUGGUCCAUGGGAGUCGAGCAAAAUGUUGUAAUAUUAUCUUUUAAUCUUUAAGGGAGUAAACAUGAUUAUUUCAGUAGAACAUAUUGAGUUGUUCUAUUAUUACCUUGAAAGAUACUGAUCGAAUUGGGAGUUUUGUUUAUUUUUAAACAUCUAAAAAUAAUGCUGUCUUACCUUUUGAUGUCACUACCGAAACACACACAUUAAAAGCCUGUAGAAUGAAUGUGCCUUAAGCCACAGCCUACAAAUAUCACCAGGUGAUGGGAUUGUACCCCUCUCAAGCAUGGUCACAUAGUGAGUAUUCUGUCUACAUGCAUUGUGGGGAAAAUGAGUGACGAAGUUGGUAAAUCUUCAUGUUUUUUUAAGAAGUGUCACUACCGAACAUCUAAUAUAUUUUUGGGACUAAAAUAUAUGUUUGCUCUGUCCAAAUGAAAGCCAUAUGUUAGCUGGCGAUUCUUUAAAGUAAAAAAUAAGUCAAAAUUAUCCAAACCAAAAUGGAUGGUCACAACCAAAACAAUUGACACCAUUCAGAUAUAUAGAGGUGUCAUCUUUGUAUCUGUGCCAUUAUGGCGUCUGUGACAGCACGGCCAGCGCCAUUGAGGCUAUCUCCAUUUGUAAGUUACAUGUGCUCUACCAACUGAGCUACAGAGGACCACCAUGUGGGUAGCGGACCAGUAUCACAAUAUGAAAAAAUCCAUAGUGAUAAAUUAACCCAUCUUUUGCAAUAACAAUAAAUCAGCGAUAAAUAAAUGUUGGGGUAGGUGCUAGAGCUUGGUGAUAUGGACAAAAACUCAUAAAUGCGAUAAAUUUAACUAUUUUGCUCUAACAACAAAUACAGAUUUUUUUUUUAAAUGGACAGCUACUUUACAUUAGCGGCAGGGCUCUAGACCAUUUUUUUUUCCAGUGUCAAGAAAGACAACUGAGGCGGCAGCGUAUGUAUUUGUAUUGAUUGCUACGCUAAGGGAUGGUACAUUUCUUUCAAGGGCUUAGAUACCACAAGAUAUCUUAGCUCAAGGGAAGGGUCAUUUAGCUUGCUAACAUUCUAACUUAUAAACUGAUAAUGAGCUCCAAACACAAAUGAAAGCAUGACGUUAGCAUGAAAUGUGCCAUCCCUUAGUGUAGCAAUCAAUAAAAACACAUGUGCUGCCGCCUCAGACAUACUGUCAAUCUGUCAUCAAUACCUCCACUCUUAUUUAUAGAGUUUAUCUCGUGAUCUCGACAAAACAACUUUUGUUGUGUCGUGAUCGUGAGAAAAUGUUCUUGUGAUCUUGGCAAAACAACUUUUGAUCUCGACAUAACGAGGGAAUAUAUUUUUUAUGUAUAUGUCCUCUCUGGACUUCCGUAGUUUACAGAGAAUGGUGCGACAAACAAAAAACAUCCAGUCAGCGGCAGUCCUGUGGGCGAAAACAGCUCGUUGAUGAAAGAGGUCUAAGGAGAAUGGCAAGAAUCGUGCAAGCUAAUAGGCGGGCCACAAACAGACAAAUAACGGCGCAGUACAGUGGUGUGCAGAACGGCAUCUUUGAACGCACAACUCAUCUGUCCUUGUCGAGCUCCUGAGUGGUGCAGUGGUCUAAGGCUGUGCCACUAGAGAUCCUGGUUCGAAUCCAGGCUCUGUCGCAGCCGGCCGCGACCGGGAGACUCAUGGGCGGCGCACAAUUGGCCCAGCGUCGUCCAGGGUAGGGGAGGGAAUGGCCGGCAGGGAUGUAGCUCAGUUGAUAGAGCAUGGCGUUUGCAACGCCAGGGUUGUGGGUUCGAUUCCCAUGGGGGGCCAGUAUAAAAAAAUAAUAAUAAUGUUUUCACUAACUGUAAGUCGCUCUGGAUAAGAGCGUCUGCUAAAUGACUAAAAUGUAAAUGGAUGGCUAUUGCAGCAGACGACCACACCGGAUUCCACUCCUAUCAGCUAAAAACAAGAAGAAGCAGCUCCAGUGGGCACACGAUCACCAACAUUGGACAAUUGAGGAGUGGAAAAACAUUGCUUGGUCCGCCGAAUCCCGGUUUCUGUUGGGUCAUGCUGACGGCAGAAUCAGAAUUUGGCGUAAGCAGCAUGAGUCCAUGGCCCCUUACUUCCUGAUGUCAACGGUACAGGCUGGUGGUGUAAUGGUGUGGGGAAUGUUUUCCUGGCACACGUUAGGUUCCCUUGAUACCAAUUGAGCAAUGUUUGAACGCCACAGCGUAUCUGAACAUUGUUGCUGACCAGGUGCAUCCCUUCAUGGCUACACGGGGGUCUGACCCGGUACUAGAUGUGUGUACCUAAUAAACUGCUCACUGUAUAUCAUAAGGAUGUGGUAGCCUACUGGUGAUCUUAAACACUUCUCCAAUUGUUGAGAUCUGAUAUUCUGCGCAGUGCAAGACGAGAUGUAAGCCAAUGUCAUAGGCCUAUCGUCAACCAAUCACAUUUUUCAAAUCAUUUUGGGCUAAAUUCCAGCUAAACUUGGAGAGGACAGUUAGGCCUAACUACUUUCAAAAAGUAUGCUUCUGAUGAACCGCUACAAGAGUAAGUCAAUAGCCAUAUUAGACUGAAAGAUAAGGUAAUUUCGUCAACCUUGUGAGGCUCUCCAGCCAUGCUCAUUAGUUGCUCAUUCAACUGUUACUUCACUCAAUCCCAUAUUAAAAGUGUCCCUUCCUAAAUUUCCUGAGACCAACCAGAACUGUUUCUUUGGCGAGCUGAAGGUUUGGAGGGAGCUGAAGGUUUGAGUUACCAAACGUCAGCCUCGAAACCUUAAUGACUUGGAGAAGAUCUGCAAAGAGGAGUGGGACAAAAUCCCUCCUGAGACGUGUGCAAACCUGGUGGCCAACUACAAGAAACGUCUGAUAUCUGUGAUUGCCAACAAGGGUUUUGCCACCAAGUACUAAGUCAUGUUUUGCAGAGGGGUCAAAUAGUUAUUUCCCUCAUUAAAAUGCAAAUCAAUUUAUAACAUUUUUGAAAUGCGUUUUUCUGGAUUUUAUUGUUGUUAUUCCGUCUCUCUCUGUUCAAAUAAACCUACCAUUAAAAUUAUAGACUGAUCAUUUCUUUGUCAGUGGGCAAAUGUAUAAAAUCAGCAGGGGAUCAAAUACUUUUUUCCCUCACUGUAUGUAAAUAAGGUAUUUCUGUUUUUAAUUUUUUAUACAUUUGCAAAACAUUCUGAAAACCUGUUUUCGCUUUGUCAUUAUGGGGUAGUGUGUGUAGAUUGAUGAAGAAAAAAAUGAAUUUAAUGAAUUUUAGAAUAAGGCUGUAACGUAACAAAAUGUGGAAAAAGUCAAGAGGUCUGAAUACUUUCCGAAUGCACUGUAGCUAGCUAGCUAGCUAACUUUAGUUUAUCUACUGAAACCCAUAUUGUGUAUUGCUGGCUAACUUGCUAGUGUGUUACAGUGGGAGGAAAUCAAACUAUUUUUCUGUUUGCUAACUUAGCUAGCUAGGUUAGCUAGCUAAACAACUACUGGUAGCCAUAUCUAUGGCUAAAAAUAGAAGAGGUUUUACAAUCAGAGACUCUUCUCUUUUUAGUCUUAGAUAUGGCUAGCUACUAAACCGCAAGCUACAAUGUUACAAUCAGCCACCUAAAGUUAGGUUUACCAGCAAUUGUUAGCACAUGACUGGAGUUGGCUAGCUAUUUAGCCUAGCGCCUGCUAACUUAUGCACCAUACCUCGCAUUUGUAACUUGUGUUACAUCAUAACUGUAAAUAAUUUGACUACCUAGCUAUGUAACAUAAUUGAUGAGGGUUGACAUUGGUUAUGAUUAUGAUCUUGGAUGCAUUUCAAUCUCACAAAAUUAUAGGCAUGACGCAAGAUAGGAUUCCAAACAGAUGCAAUUAAGUUAUUGCAUAUCCAGCAAGCUAGCUAGCUAAAUUUACUGCCAAACAUUGAGGAUAAACAAUAAUACGACAAUUUAGCAUUAUAAAUCUUUGAAACUGAAGCUGGUUUUACUAUAAAUAUAUAUUUGCCUAAACAUGCCUAACAGACACGGCUGUAGGUAGAAGCUGUCUGCCUACUUACCUACCUAGGCUCAUUUGUACGGUCUGGUCUGUGCAAAGUUUGAAGGUUAUGCCAUAUGUCUUUCUAUUAGGCUAUAUAUUGUUGUAAAUGUUAUCUCUGUUCCUGUGCACAUGUAUACAUGUUCAACUGGUCUACCCUAAUGUUAAUGUUAUGCUGGCAAGGUUCAACUGUUGUUCCAACUGUAAAAUAAGAGUAUACAGUACCAGUCAAAGGUUUGGACACACCUACUCAUUCAAGGGUUUUUCUUUAUUUUUACAUUGUAGAAACGGAUGUGGCGCAGUGGUCUAAGGCACUGCAUUGCAGUGCUAGCUGUGCCACUAGAUACAGUGGGGAAAAAAAGUAUUUAGUCAGCCACCAAUUGUGCAAGUUCUCCCACUUAAAAAGAUGAGAGGGGCCUGUAAUUUUCAUCAUAGGUACACGUCAACUAUGACAGACAAAAUGAGAAAAAAAAAUCCAGAAAAACACAUUGUAGAAUUUUUAAUGAAUUUAUUUGCAAAUUAUGGUGGAAAAUAAGUAUUUGGUCAAUAACAAAAGUUUCUCAAUACUUUGUUAUAUACCCUUUGUUGGCAAUGACACAGGUCAAAUGUUUUCUGUAAGUCUUCACAAGGUUUUCACACACUGUUGCUGGUAUUUUGGCCCAUUCCUCCAUGCAGAUCUCCUCUAGAGCAAUGAUGUUUUGGGGCUGUCGCUGGGCAACACGGACUUUCAACUCCCUCCAAAGAUUUUCUAUGGGGUUGAGAUCUGGAGACUGGCUAGGCCACUCCAGGACCUUGAAAUGCUUCUUACGAAGCCACUCCUUCGUUGCCCGGGCGGUGUGUUUGGGAUCAUUGUCAUGCUGAAAGACCCAGCCACGUUUCAUCUUCAAUGCCCUUGCUGAUGGAAGGAGGUUUUCACUCAAAAUCUCACGAUACAUGGCCCCAUUCAUUCUUUCCUUUACACGGAUCAGUCGUCCUGGUCCCUUUGCAGAAAAACAGCCCCAAAGCAUGAUGUUUCCACCCCCAUGCUUCACAGUAGGUAUGGUGUUCUUUGGAUGCAACUCAGCAUUCUUUGUCCUCCAAACACGACGAGUUGAGUUUUUACCAAAAAGUUAUAUUUUGGUUUCAUCUGACCAUAUGACAUUCUCCCAAUCCUCUUCUGGAUCAUCCAAAUGCACUCUAGCAAACUUCAGACGGGCCUGGACAUGUACUGGCUUAAGCAGGGGGACACGUCUGGCACUGCAGGAUUUGAGUCCCUGGCGGCGUAGUGUGUUACUGAUGGUAGGCUUUGUUACUUUGGUCCCAGCUCUCUGCAGGUCAUUCACUAGGUCCCCCCGUGUGGUUCUGGGAUUUUUGCUCACCGUUCUUGUGAUCAUUUUGACCCCACGGGGUGAGAUCUUGCGUGGAGCCCCAGAUCGAGGGAGAUUAUCAGUGGUCUUGUAUGUCUUCCAUUUCCUAAUAAUUGCUCCCACAGUUGAUUUCUUCAAACCAAGCUGCUUACCUAUUGCAUAUUCAGUCUUCCCAGCCUGGUGCAGGUCUACAAUUUUGUUUCUGGUGUCCUUUGACAGCUCUUUGGUCUUGGCCAUAGUGGAGUUUGGAGUGUGACUGUUUGAGGUUGUGGACAGGUGUCUUUUAUACUGAUAACAAGUUCAAACAGGUGCCAUUAAUACAGGUAACGAGUGGAGGACAGAGGAGCCUCUUAAAGAAGAAGUUACAGGUCUGUGAGAGCCAGGAAUCUUGCUUGUUUGUAGGUGACCAAAUACUUAUUUUCCACCAUAAUUUGCAAAUAAAUUCAUAAAAAAUCCUAUAAUGUGAUUUUCUGGAAUUUUUUUCCUCAAUUUGUCUGUCAUAGUUGACGUGUACCUAUGAUGAAAAUUACAGGCCUCUCUCAUCUUUUUAAGUGGGAGAACUUGCACAAUUGGUGGCUGACUAAAUACUUUUUUUCCCCACUGUAUCCUGGUUCGAAUCCAGGCUCUGUCGUAGCCAGCCGCGACCAGGAGACCCAUGGGGUAGUGCACAAUUGUCCCAGCGUUGUCCAGGGUAGGGGAGGGAAUGGCCGGCAGGGAUGUAGCUCAGUUGGUAGAGCAUGGCGUUUGCCACGCCAGGGUUGUGGGUUUGAUUCCCACGGGGGGCCAGUAUGAAAAAAAAAAAAUUUGACACAAAAAAAAUUGACAUUUUGCUAGCUAGGUUGCUGUUACUAGCUAAUUUGUCCUGGGAUAUAAACAUUGGGUUGUCAUUUUACCUGAAAUGUACAAGGUCCUUUUUUUUGCUGGAUCUUUGUAGAAUAUCGACCCAUUUUGGGUCACACAAAAUUGUGUGUUCUCUACUCCGACAUUGUGUGUUCUCUACUGCACAACCAAAAACACCUUCCUCGUCUGAAAGUACUGUCUGUGAACCUCUCCAAAAUAUAGCUAUGUGAUUUAGCUGAUGGCUUUUUAGAGUUCAAUACAGGACUGUAAUGUUAGCUAUCUAGCUAACUUACCCAGCUAGGCUGGCAAGCUAGCUAACGUUAGGUUACCUCUAAUUGAGAAUCUUCCUUUUUGUACUGAAGGAAAAAACAUUGACGGUAUCGCAUCACUUCUCAGCUGUCGUCAAAAUGGAAUCCCCAUCAGUUCAGCCUGAAAGUCCCUCUCAUAGUCUUUGGUCACCUCAUCAUUCUUGAUAGCCGCAAGCCACUGGCAGAAUCAGGGGGAAUCACUGGUAGGUAGAAUGGUGAAAGAUAACUCAUCUUCGCACGUGUUUGUAAUUGGCUCAGUUCUGAGAUUACUGUGUGUUGGUCGUUCGAAGUAAACAACGCUAUUAUUCAAGUUUGUGGGCACGCCUCCUCUACAUAGCGGGCGGUAUCAGCGUUCGCUAUGAAUGUCAGACUUUGUGGUUCACUAUGAGCAGACCAAUACACAGGGAGUUGAAACUUCCCGAUUCUACCAGUGAAAUUAAAAUGUUUAAGUUCUAGCUUGUGGUUUGAAUAAUUAUGAUGUUUAUGAUAACGUAAUAUUGUUAAUAUAGUAAUGACUCUAUACCGUGGUAGAGGCAGGGUGAAAUUCCCCUUUAAGUGUAAAACUAACAAUGACUCAAUAAUCCAUGCUUUCUGGGAAUGCUAUAAAGUCAAAAUAAAUUUGCCGGAGCUAGAAAGUUGGCUGUCAGAAGUAUUACAAUGUAAACAUAAUUUUAAUCCAUCUGUCUGCAUAUUUCAAGACAUGAUAUAUGGGGGUGAAGUGAGACACCCAAUGGGCUGGACGAUUCUCUUAUCACUCAUCUUGAAAAAAUAUACAGUGGGGAGAACAAGUAUUUGAUACACUGCCGAUUUUGCAGGUUUUCCUACUUACAAAGCAUGUAGAGUUUGUCAUUUUUAUCAUAGGUACACUUCAACUGUGAGAGACAGAAUCUAAAACAAAAAUCCGGAAAAUCACAUUGUAUGAUUUUUAAGUAAUUAAUUUGCAUUUUAUUGCAUGACAUAAGUAUUUGAUACAUCAGAAAAGCAGAACUUAAUAUUUGGUACAGAAACCUUUGUUUGCAAUUACAGAGAUCAUAUGUUUCCUGUAGGUCUUGACCAGGUUUGCACACACUGCAGCAGGGAUUUUGGCCCACUCCUCCAUACAGACCUUCUCCAGAUCCUUCAGGUUUCGGGGCUGUCGCUGGGCAAUACGGACUUUCAGCUCCCUCCAAAGAUGUUCUAUUGGGUUCAGGUCUGGAGACUGGCUAGGCCUCUCCAGGACCUUGAGAUGCUUCUUACGAAGCCACUCCUUAGUUGCCCUGGCUAUGUGUUUCGGGUCGUUGUCAUGCUGGAAGACCCAGCCACGACCCAUCUUCAAUGCUCUUACUGAGGGAAGGAGGUUGUUGGCUAAGAUCUCGCGAUACAUGGCCCCAUCCAUCCUCCCCUCAAUACGGUGCUGUCGUCCUCUCCCCUUUGCAGAAAAGCAUCCCCAAAGAAUGAUGUUUCCACCUCCAUGCUUCAUGGUUGGGAUGGUGUUCUUGGGGUUGUACUCAUCCUUCUUCUUCCUCCAAACACAGCGAGUGGAGUUUAGACCAAAAAGCUCUAAUUUUGUCUCAUCAGACCACAUGACCUUCUCCCAUUCCUCCUCUGGAUCAUCCAGAUGGUCAUUGGCAAACUUCAGACGGGCCUGGACAUGCGCUGGCUUGAGCAGGGGGACCUUGCGUGCACUGCAGGAUUUUAAUCAAUGACGGCAUAGUGUGUUACUAAUAGUUUUCUUUGAGACUGUGGUCCCAGCUCUCUUCAGGUCAUUGACCAGGUCCUGCCGUGUAGUUCUGGGCUGAUCCCUCACCUUCCUCAUGAUCAUUGAUGCCCCACGAGGUGAGAUCUUGCAUGGAGCCCCAGACCGAGGGUGAUUGACCGUCAUCUUGAACUUCUUCCAUUUUCUAAUAAUUGCGCCAACAGUUGUUGCCUUCUCACCAAGCUGCUUGCCUAUUGUCCUGUAGCCCAUCCCAGCCUUGUGCAGGUCUACAAUUUUAUCCCUGAUGUCCUUACACAGCUCUCUGGUCUUGGCCAUUGUGGAGAGGUUGGAGUCUGUUUGAUUGAGUUGUGGACAGGUGUCUUUUAUACAGGUAACGAGUUCAAACAGGUGCAGUUAAUACAGGUAAUGAGUGGAGAACAGGAGGGCUUCUUAAAGAAAAACUAUCAGGUCUGUGAGAGCCGGAAUUCUUACUGGUUGGUAAGGUGAUCAAAUACUUAUGUCAUGCAAUAAAAUGCAAAUUAAUUACUUAAAAAUCAUACAAUGUGAUUUUCUGGAUUUUUGUUUUAGAUUCAGUCUCUCACAGUUGAAGUGUACCUAUGAUAAAGAUUACAGACCUCUACAUGCUUUGUAAGUAGGAAAACCUGCAAAAUCAGCAGUGUAUCAAAUACUUGUUCUCCCCACUGUAUAUACUAAAAACUUAGAAAUCAAUAAAUCUGCCAUCAUUAACACAAUGGAGAAAUCGAAUGAUUUAUUAUUGAAAUAUUGAAAUGGCAUGGGCAUCCGAGAAAAACAUAUGUGUACAAUUUAAGGCCGUGUGGCAAACAAUAAUGCAGGCAUUAGGGAUGGGGGUGUGCUCAUGCGGCAGAUGAGAUGUAGUCGUUGUUUGUGUGCGUCUGUAAAUUGUUGUUCAUAUGUGUAUGUUUCCAUCUGGUGUGGGAAAGAAAAAUCUUUACAAUUGAAAAAAGACUGGUACCCAGACUACCGCAGCAAGGCAAAUUGAUGCUGUGACAAAACGUAAUCUAGCGACAAACUCCACACUGCCCUUUCCCACCUGGACAAGAGGAACACCUACGUGAGAAUGCUAUUCAUUGACUGCCCUCAAAGCUCAUCACUAAGCUAAGGACCCUGGGACUCCCUCUGCAACUGUAUCCUGGACUUCCUGACAGGCCGCCCCCAGGUGGUAAGGGUAGGUAACAACACAUCUACCACGCUCAUCCUCAACACUGUGGCCCGUCAGGGGUGCGUGCUCUGUCCCCUCCUGUACUCCAUGUUCACCCAUGACUGCAUGGCCAGGCAUUACUCCAACACCUUCAUUAAGUUUGCCAACUACACAACAGUGGUAAGCCUGAUCACCGACAACGAUGAGACAGCCUAUAGGGAGGAGGCCAGAGACCUGGCCGUGUGGUUCCAGGUUAACAACCUCUUCCUCAACGUGAUCAAGACAAAGGAGAUUAUUGUGGACUACAGGGAAAAAAAGAGGACUGAGCAUGCCCCCAUUCUCAUCGACGGGGCUGUAGUGGAACGGGUUGAGAGCUUCAAGUUCCUUGGUGUCCACAUCACCAACAAACUAUCAUGGUCCAAACACACCAAGACAGUCGUGAAGAGGGCACGACAAAGCCUAUUCCCCCUCAGGAGGCUGAAAAGAUUUGGCAUGGGUCCUCAGAUCCUCAGAAAGUUCUACAGCUGCACCAUCGAGAGGAUCCUGACUGGUUGCUUAACCGCCUGAUAUGGCAACUGCUUGGCCUUCGACCGCAAGGCACUACGGAGGGUAGUGCGAUGGCCCAGUACAUCACUUGGGCCAAGCUUCCUGCCAUCCAGGACCUCUAUACCAGGCGGUGUUAGAGGAAGGCCCUCAAAAUUAUCAAAGACUCCAGCCACCCUAGUCAUAGACUGUUCUCUCUGCUACCGCACAGCAAGUGGUACCAGAGCGCCAAGUCUAGGUCCAAAAGGCUCCUUAACAGCUUCUACCACCAAGCCAUAAGACUCCUGAACAGCUAAUCAUGGCUACCCGGACAAUUUGCACUGCCCCCCCAUCCCCAUCCCCACUCCGUCCCCCUUUUUUAUGCUGCUGCUACUUGUUUAUUAUUUAUGCAUAGUCACUUUAACUCUACCCACAUGUACAUAUUACCUCAAUUACCCCAACUAACCGGUGCCCCCGCACAUUGACUCUGUACCGGUUCCCCCUGUAUAUAGCCUCCCUACUGUUAUUUUAUUUUACUCUUGCUCUUUAAUGAUUUGUAUUUGUUUUACUUAUCUAUUUUUUACUGAAGUUGUUAUUUUCUUAAAAACUGCAUUGUUUGUUAAGGGCUUGUAAGUAAGCAUUUCACUGUAAUGUCUACACCUGUUGUAUUCGGCGCAUGUGGCAAAUACAAUUUGAUAAACAGCCAGAUAUUUUUUUGAUGAUUUGUUGUUUCUAAAUGGCUGCUGGGUAAUUUGAUAUGCGUCGAAAUCUGUGUGUUCGUAGGCAUCGAAUGCCACGCAGGUUCACUGAGUUGCAAACCAAAUGGAUAGGUCUAGUUCAUUGAUUUGUAGAUCUGACGCAGUUGCUACCUCAGAUAAUGAACCUAGCAACAUUUUACAUUUUAUUAAUUUAGCAGACGCUCUUAUCCAGAGCGACUUACAGGAGCAAUUAGGGUUAAGUGCCUUGCUCAAGGGCACAUCGACAGAUUUUUCACCUAGUCGGCUCGGGGAUUAGAACCAGCGACCUUUCGGUUACUGGCACAACGCUCUUAACCACUAAGCUACCUGACUACUAGCAAGCGUCGCAAAUUAGUUAUAUAGUACACACAGAAGGCCACAGGGAGGAUCAAGAGACCCAUACAGUUUUUUUGCCUUAAAAAACCUAACCCUAGAUAUAACCUAUUUUUUUGGGGGGGGGUGUAUCCAGGAAUAAAACUACUCUUCUGAAAUUUCAUUUGUGGUCUUAUGCUGCCAUCUAUUUAAAUAUUUAGUAAUUGCAGUUCAUUCAUUUUCUUUAACAAUCUGAUCAGACCAUCAAAGUUGAUGUACCUAAGAUCCCUGAAUGAAGUGUAUAUCCUUACUGAAGUAGUAAUUACUCAGAAUUGCUGAAUAUAAAAUAUUUGCUAGUUCAUUUUAUCACUUACAACCAUAAAAUAAACAUACUUUCAGCAUAACAAUAAAACUGAUGGCCAUUCGCAUAUACAAAAAACACCAUAGAUUUAGUUAAUUAUUUAAAAAACACUUUCUUUACAUGGGUAACAUUAUAUGCCAAAGUAACACCCCCAUAACAUAUAAACACAGACACUGGACACAGAAAAUGUGCUUUUUUAAAUAAAUCUGAUAGCUCUUAAAAGAGCCUUUGCUUUGCUGAAAUGCAGGUGUGCUGCCUGUCUGCCUGCCUGGUCAUCAGAGAAGUAAAUCUGUGAAUAAUGAGAAGUUAAUAAGUUAUUGCUACGCUUUCACAUAGAGGCCUAGUUCAAACCACAACAUUUCUAACACAAAAAAGGCAAAUAGCAGCAGAUAAAUGGUAAGCUGGUUAAAUAAAAGACUGCUCUUAGAACUUUCAGACUGCCAUUCGCCAAAUAUCUCAAAAUGUAUGUAUUUUAAUCGUUUGAAGUUCUACACCAUUUUAAAUCAGGAUAACCUACUAUUUCUAAUUAUGUAAAUUUGGGCAGCUUACAAUGCUGUUACCAAUUGCUGGUAGUUAAACGUCAUCAAACAAAAAAAAAUAAUCAUGGAACUAUGAGGUCGUCCCAUUGUUUCCUAUAGGGGAAAUAUAGGUAUGUCUGUUUAUUUCACAAAAUACACUGCUCAAAAAAAUUAAGGGAACACUUAAACAACACAAUGUAACUCCAAGUCAAUCACACUUCUGUGAAAUCAAACUGUCCACUUAGGAAGUAACACUGAUUGACAAUACAUUUCACAUGCUGUUGUGCAAAUGGAAUAGACAACAGGUGGAAAUUAUAGGCAAUUAGCAAGACACCCCCAAUAAAGGACUGGUUUUGCAGGUGGUGACCACAGACCACUUCUCAGUUCCUAUGCUUCCUGGCUGAUGUUUUGGUCACUUUUGAAUGCUGGCGGUGCUUUCACUCUAGUGGUAGCAUGAGACGGAGUCUACAACCCACACAAGUGGCUCAGGUAGUGCAGCUCAUCCAGGAUGGCACAUCAAUGCAAGCUGUGGCAAGAAGGUUUGCUGUGUCUGUCAGCGUAGUGUCCAGAGCAUGGAGGCGCUACCAGGAGACAGGCCAGUACAUCAGGAGACGUGGAGGAGGCCGUAGGAGGGCAACAACCCAGCAGCAGGACUGCUACCUCCGCCUUUGUGCAAGGAGGAGCUGGAGGAGCACUGCCAGAGCCCUGCAAAAUGACCUCCAGCAGGCCACAAAUGUGCAUGUGUCUGCUCAAACGGUCAGAAACAGACUCCAUGAGGGUGGUAUGAGGGCCCGAUGUCCACAGGUGGGGGUUGUGCUUACAGCCCAACACCGUGCAGAACAUUUGGCAUUUGCCAGAGAACACCAAGAUUGGCAAAUUCGCCACUGGUGCCCUGUGCUCUUCACAGAUGAAAGCAGGUUCACACUGAGCACAUGUGACAGAAGUGACAGAGUCUGGAGACGCCGUGGAGAACGUUCUGCUGCCUGCAACAUCCUCCAGCAUGACCGGUUUGGCGGUGGGUCAGUCAUGGUGUGGGGUGGCAUUUCUUUGGGGGGCCGCACAGCCCUCCAUGUGCUCGCCAGAGGUAGCCUGACUGCCAUUAGGUACCGAGAUGAGAUCCUCAGACCCCUUGUGAGACCAUAUGCUGGUGCGGUUGGCCCUGGGUUCCUCCUAAUGCAAGACAAUGCUAGACCUCAUGUGGCUGGAGUGUGUCAGCAGUUCCUGCAAGAGGAAGGCAUUGAUGCUAUGGACUGGCCCGUCCGUUCCCCAGACCUGAAUCCAAUUGAGCACAUCUGGGACAUCAUGUCUCGCUCCAUCCACCAAUGCCACGUUGCACCACAGACUGUCCAGGAGUUGGCGGAUGCUUUAGUCCAGGUCUAGUCCGCCACCUCAUCAGGAGCAUGCCCAGGCGUUGUAGGGAGGUCAUACAGGCACGUGGAGGCCACACACACUACUGAGCCUUAUUUUGACUUGUUUUAAGGACAUUACAUCAAAGUUGGAUCAGCCUGUAGUGUGGUUUUCCACUUUAAUUUUGAGGGUGACUCCAAAUCCAGACCUCCAUGGGUUGACAAAUUUGAUUUCCAUUGAUCAUUUUUGUGUGAUUUUGUUGUUAGCACAUUCAACUAUGUAAAGAAAAAAGUAUUUAAUAAGAUUAUUUCAUUCAUUCAGAUCUAGGAUGUGUUAUUUUAGUGUUCCCUUUAUUAUUUUGAGCAGUGUAUCUCGCAAUGUGUAUAUUUAGAUUUUUUCAAGUCAGAAACCAUUUUAAUCAUGAGAAUCUCCUCUUUCUAAUUAUGUACGGCUGGGCAGCGUACUCCGUUGUCAUUAAACGCUAGCCCCAAAAUAAUUGGUUUGCCUUUGGAAUGCUGAGCUCCCCCCAUUGUUUUCCUAUGGAGAGGUAUGCUGGUAUAUUUUGCCAAAUAUCUCGCAAUGUGUACAUUUUGAUUUUUUCAAGUAGGACAUCGUUUUAUUCAGGAUAAUCUCCUCUUUCUAAUUAUGUAAGGCUGGGCAGCGUACUCCAUUGUCAUCGAUCUCUAGACCAGAAAUAGUCAGAAGUUGCCAUUUUUUCCCUACUUCCUCCUUAUGCAGACAUAAGCACACUUGGCACCAUCGAGGUGCGGAUGUUUACUUUCUACACAAGUUGUUAUUUUUCAGUUUCGUCCUAAGAACAGAUUGUAGUAGUAAAAUGAAAAGGUAUCAUUUUUUUAGGGAAAAUUGAAUUCUAAGUUUCAUUCCAGUCAAAAGAGGCUCAGCGAAAGUUCGUUUCAAUUUAUUUGCUAUGGCCUCGCGCUAGUGUUCCAGCUCAACCAACGUUCUUUGGCUGUUUUUCAGUCUUGGGUGAAAUUUGACUCGUUCUAUUGUCCAGCCUACUAAUAGAUGCUAAAAACAAUUGACAAACGGAAUAAAUUCAAGUGGAAAAGGGCAGCUGGAGAUGGAGAGGAUACUCGAUUACCCAAGAGAAGUGGCAGAAGGUAGGCUAAAUGUACAUGUAUAGCUUCAUGAUUUAGUUUUGAGGAUCAGGAUGGCCAAACACGUGCUACCGAAGAGAAGGAGAGCAUGUUGUGAAUGUGCCGUUUUUCUCUCCAGAGUUUGGUAAGGUGGACCUGUGAUAAAGAUUUUGCAUACGAGCUCAGCACCGUUUCCUGGCUGCACCACUAUGUUUUUUGGUAUGUACUUACCAAAAAGUUAUAAAUAAAAAUGUACUAAAAACGAAAAACAAAUGUCUAUUCGGCACCUCCAAUCACUCAUUACUUACCACGCACAGGUUGUUAGUCUAGAACGGCUCAAUACAUUGGAGGUGCGGAAUAGGCAUUUCUCGGUUGCUUGUACAUUUUAUUUACACCUUUUUUUGGAAGUACAUACUGGGCCUAACAGGAGUAAAUGAAGAUAUUUGCUCAGCGAAACUCCAUAUUUGGUGAUCAACGAACAAAUUUUGAAAUUAUAACGCUUGCAGAGCUGGUGAAUGGGAGUUUUAAUCUGCGCUUUCUGGGGUUAGAGAGGUCUCUAACGCACAGAUACUGGUUCACACUGUACCCUGAAAUUAAACUAAGGUAACACUUUAUAUGAAGGGGUAUACAUAAGGAAUUCACCACACCUUCAUGAAUGUUGCAAUAUCAUUCAUACAGCAUUUGUAACAGAUUUAUUCAACAUUAUUCAUAAGAGGUCCCUUAUUAUUAUAGUAUGAACAUUUCUGGUAGGAAUGAGCCAGAUGGUUGCUGGUGUUACUAACUGGGGUGGGUUCAAGCCCAGGUCUCCUGCUCACUCACCACCAUACUGUCUUAGCCUGCUAAGAUAAAGGUAAAGGAGGUAAUGCAAGUCUUCAGGUCUCAGCUAAGAUUGCUUACUACAACAUUACAAUGGCAAACCAUUUCUCAGGUGCAAUCCUAAUGGUGUCAGAAAUCUUUCACAUUAUUUGAGCGUUUGCUUGAGCAUGCCUGGAGUGCCAGAUGGGUGGGCGGAGUUUGCACUUUUGGGACUAUUCCAUUGAUUUCAUUGCCCCAGGCAAGCUCAGCUAGCUUAUGUAUUUGAAAGGUACUACACCCAGGGCUUUGAGCAAUGCAUUUAACCCCUAAACUCUCAGCAUGUUGCGUGAAUGGGCUCCCGAGUGGCGCAGCGGUCUAAGGCACUGCAUCUCAGUGCUUGAGGCAUCACUACAGACCCCCUGGUUUGAUUCCAGGCUGUAUCACAACCGGCCGUGAUUGGGAGUCCCAUAGGGCGGCGCACAAUUGGCCCAGCGUCGUCCGUGUUUGGCUGGUGUAGGCCGUCAUUGUAAAUAAGAAUUUGUUCUUAACUGACUUGCCUAGUUAAAUAAAGGUUAAAAAAAUAAAAAUAAAAAUAAAUGGUGUGUUAGGAGGUUGGGUACUGUGACAGUUAAAAUACACAUUUCCAUUUUACAAUAGGCCUUUAAUUUGGAAAAUUUCUUAUGAAUGAUGUUGAAUAAAUGUCUUACGAAGGUUGUUAUGAAUAAUACUGCAACACACAUAAAGGUACUUAUGACUGGUUUCAUAAAGUUGUUAUGUAUACCGCCUUCAUAUGAAGUGUUACCUAAUAAAAUAUUAUUGAAUUUCUUAGACCUUGAUGCAAGAGUUGAUGUGUAAUUUUGCAUUGUUUGUAUCCUCAGAGAGUGGUCGCCAACAACCACCGACGGGCCUCCGCCUCCAUCAACCUGAGUCGUAAGCCCAGCCUGCAGCUGGUGGACACCCCGGACGGGCUGAGGGACCUGGGCCACCUGGAGCUGAUGAGCCGGGACCUGAUGGAUCCUGCCGGUGGGGUGGUGCCCUUCAACCGCUCCAUGUCCACCGACUCUCUCAGCUCCAUCUCCUCCAUCGGCAACAAUUUUGGCCACGACUACACAGUGGGGCAGCUGGAGGUGACCCUGGAGUACGAGGCCCGACCAGGGCCUGGGCCGGGGGUGCUCCACAUCGCCCUGCACCAGGGCAAGGACCUGCUGGAGAAGGAGGAAGGGGACUUCCCCGGCUGCUUUAUCCGGGUCACCUUGGUUCCUGAGGAACUCAACGUGGGCGUCACCAGGGUGAGUGUGUGAGUGUGGUAAUAGUAUUUUAGAUUGAUAUUAUCAUAUUUUAUUUUGGCUUUGCAGAAUGGUUCUGUGAUAUCAUGUUUCACUGAAGAUGCAACACUAAUGAUGUUCUGGGAUCGUUCUUGUUGAAAAUGUUCUCAGAAACCAGACAGAAAGUUCUCUCUGUUUUGAAUGAACAAAGCCAUCAAUCAUAUCAAGUCAAGUUAUAUUUAUAUAGCACAUUUCAUACGUGGAAUGCAACGCAAUGUGCUUUAUAGGAAAAAACAAAUAAAAAACAAUGAAAAUAAAAGCUGAAAUAUUUACUACACAACAAACAAAAGAAUGACACAAACUGAACAACUAAAAAGCACCCUAAAGAAAAGCUAAGCUAAAAAUAUGUGUGUUAAGAUCUCUUUUAAAUAUGUCCACAGUUGUGUCCCCCCUCAGGUUCUCUGGCAGGCUAUUCCAGAGGCUGGGGGCAUAAUAACUAAAGGCUGCCUGUCCAUGCCUCUUGGUCCUAGGCUUUGGGAUAGUUAAAAGGCCAGUGCCAGAGGACCUGAGGGACCUACUGGGUACAUAUGUCAGAGUGGUGUGUGUAGAUGAGUGGAAGGAAUCAAGCGCAGGAACCAGGAUGACUUCAACCGUCUUUUUAGUAACGUUCAAACACGUGAACAAAAUAGUCGCCAACCCAACCGGGUGGCGCAAAACAAUUACGCACAAACACAGUGCGAAAUACACAAGAAAAGCGCACGCAGUGCGAACUCUCGGGACAAGCAACAACGAGAGAAAAUGUAACCAUACAGAGGCAGUCUGACAAUAAACAAUCACGCAUAACACCUGACCCAAACAAACGAAACUAAAUAGGGAACAUCAUCAAACACAAACAAGGGACAGGUGUUACAAAGAGACAAAACCAAACGAACAAGAAACAUAGAACGGUGGCAGCUAGUACUCCGGAGACGACGACCGCCGAAGCCUGCCCGAACAAGGAAGAGGAGCAGCCUCGGCCGAAACCGUGACAGUACCCCCCCCUUGACGCGCGGCUCCAGCCGUGCGCCGACCCGGGGCUCGGGGACGACCCGGACGACGCGGAGCAGGGCGCGCAGGAUGACCCCGAUGGAACUCGGUCAGCAGGGACUGGUCCAAUAUGUCCCUCCUUGGCACCCAGCACCGCUCCUCCGGACCGUACCCCUCCCACUCCACGAGAUAUUGAAGACCCCCCAUCCGGCGUCUCGAAUCAAGGAUGGACCUCACGGUGUACGCCGGAGCCCCCUCGAUGUCCAACGGGGGUGGAGGAGUCUCCUCAAUCUCAAAGUCCUGGAGUGGACCAGCUACCACCGGCCUGAGGAGAGACACAUGGAACGAGGGGUUAAUAUUCUUGUAAUCAAUAGGUAGUUCUAACCUGUAACUCACCUCGUUCAAUCUCCUCAGGACUUUAAAGGGCCCCACAAACCGCCGACCCAGCUUCCGGCAGGGCAGGCGGAGGAGCAGGUUUCUGGUUGAGAGCCAGACUCGAUCUCCAGGUGCGUACACUGGCCCCUCACUGCGGUGUAGGUCGGCGCUCGUCUUCUGUCGACGUAUGGCACGCUGCAGAUGGACGUGUGCAGCGUCCCACGUCUCCUCCGAGCGCCGCACCCACUCAUCCACAGCGGGGGCCUCGAUCUGGCUCUCAUGCCAUGGUGCCAGAACCGGCUGGUACCCUAAUACACACUGAAAAGGGGUUAGUUGGGUGGAGGAGUGGCGAAGAGAGUUCUGUGCCAUCUCGGCCCAGGGCACAUAUCUCGCCCACUCCUCCGGCCGGCCCUGACAGUAUGACCUCAGAAACCUACCCACAUCCUGGUUCACACGUUCAACCUGCCCAUUACUCUCCGGGUGGUAACCCGAGGUAAGGCUUACCGAAACCCCCAACCGUUCCAUAAAUGCUCUCCACACUCUGGAGGUGAACUGGGGGCCUCGGUCAGACACUAUAUCCUCGGGUACCCCGUAAUGCCGGAAGACAUGGGUGAACAGAGCCUCUGCGGUCUGUAGGGCAGUGGGUAGACCCGGCAUGGGAAGGAGACGACAGGCCUUCGAGAACCGAUCCACAACGACCAGGAUGGUAGUACUCCCCUGUGAGGGGGGAAGGUCGGUAACAAAAUCCACCGAGAGGUGGGACCAGGGUCGUUGUGGAAUAGGCAGGGGUUGUAACUUACCCCUGGGCAAAUGUCUGGGCGCCUUACACUGGGCACACACCGAACAGGAGGAGACAUAAAUCCUCACAUCCCUAGCUAACGUUGGCCACCAGUACUUCGUGCUAAGGCAGUGCACUGUCCGGCCGAUACCCGGAUGGCCAGAGGAGGGGGACGUAUGAGCCCAACAAAUGAGGCGAUCGCGUACCUCGAGCGGAACGUACGUCCGACCCACUGGACACUGUGGAGGACUCGGGUCGGUGCGUAACGCCCGCUCGAUCUCGCCAUCAACCUCCCACACCACCGGUGCAACCAGACAAGACUCUGGUAGUAUGGGCGUGGGCUCAACGGACCUCUCCUCCGCGUCAUACCGCCGAGACAGAGCAUCUGCCUUCCCGUUCUGGGACCCAGGGAUGUAUGUGAUCUUAAACACAAACCGGGCUAGAAACAUAGUCCAGCGGGCCUGGCGAGGAUUCAGUCUCCUAGCUGCCCGGAUGUACUCCAGGUUACGAUGGUCAGUUAGAAUGAGGAAAGGGUGUUGAGCCCCCUCGAGCCAAUGCCGCCACACCUUUAGGGCCUGUACCACGGCUAACAGCUCCCUGUCUCCUACGUCAUAAUUCCGCUCCGCCGGACUGAGCUUCUUUGAAUAAAACGCACAGGGACGGAGUUUAGGUGGAGUACCAGAACGCUGGGAAAGAACGGCCCCUAUCCCGGCCUCUGACGCGUCCACCUCUACCUGGAACGGUAAAGAGGGAUCCGGAUGCGCCAACACCGGCGCCGAGGUAAACAGGUCCUUCAGUCUCCCAAAUGCCCUGUCCGCCUCAGCUGACCACCGCAAGCGCACCGGACCCCCCUUUAACAGAGACGUUAUGGGAGCUGCCACCUGUCCAAAACCCCGGAUAAACCUCCGGUAAUAAUUCGCAAAACCCAAGAACCGUUGCACCUCCUUCACAGUGGUUGGGGUCUGCCAAUUACGCACAGCUGACACCCGGUCUACCUCCAUCUUCACCCCUGACGCAGACAACUGGUAACCCAGAAAGGAGACCGACUUCUGAAAAAACAGACAUUUCUCUGCCUUGACAUAUAGGUCAUGCUCCAACAGCCUCCUCAAUACUCGGCGCACCAGGGCUACAUGCUCUGCACGGGUAGGACUGUACACCAGAAUGUCGUCGAUGUACACAACUACUCCCUGUCCCUGCAUGUCCCGGAAAAUCUCAUCGACGAAGGUUUUGAAGACUGAGGGAGCAUUCAUUAACCCAUAUGGCAUGACUAGAUACUCGUAGUGUCCGGAAGUCGUGCUAAACGCUGUCUUCCAUUCAUCGCCCUCUCUAAUGCGCACCAAGUUAUAUGCGCUCCUGAGAUCCAAUUUUGUAAAGAACUGCGCACCGUGCAGUGACUCCGUCAUAGUCGCAAUCAGAGGAAGUGGAUAGCUGUACUUCACUGUGAUCUGAUUGAGACCGCGGUAAUCAAUACACGGGCGCAGACCUCCAUCCUUUUUCUUCACAAAAAAGAAACUCGAGGAAGCGGGUGAAGUGGAGGCCCGUAUGUAUCCCUGUCUAAGAGACUCAGCGAUGUACGUCUCCAUUGCCUUUCUCUCCUCUUGAGACAAGGGAUACACAUGGCUCCGCGGGAGAGCUGCUCCUGACUGGAGAUCUAUCGCACAAUCCCCCCGUCUAUGAGGCGGCAGCUGCGCCGCCCUAGUCUUACUAAACGCCAGUUUCAAAUCCUCAUACUCGGGGGGAAUAUGCAGUGCUGUCAUUAGAUUCGGACUUUCCACCGAGGUCGCCCCUAUGGAAACACCCAGACACCGCCCCUCACACUGGGCAGACCACCCUUUAAGAGCUUUCUCUUGCCACAUAAUAGUAGGGUCAUGGGUCAUCAACCAGGGAAGACCCAGCACUACCGGAUACGCAGGAGAGUCAAUCAGAUAGAGCUGAAUUAUCUCCUCAUGACCCUCCUGCGCCAUCAUCUGAAGGGGUGCUGUGACCUCCCUAAUCAACCCAGACCCUAACGGACGGCUAUCUAGGGCAUGAACGGGAAAAGGCUUAUCAACUGGAAGGAGGGGAAUCCCUAACUCUAUACAGAACUGGCGAUCUACAAAAUUCCCAGCUGCGCCUGAAUCUACCAGCGCCUUAUGCUGGGAACGAGGUGCAACCUGUGGAAAACAAACAGGCAAGGUUAGGUGCACGACAGAAAGCUCUGGGUAAGUAGGGCGCCUACUCACCUGGGGGGGGACCCCAAUGCGUGACCUGCCUUCUCCCUCACCGGGGGACCCUCCCCAACACCUAGCCGCGGUGUGCCCUCCACGGCCACAGUUAGUGCAGGGACCGGGCCCCCUCGGGUUCCUACUCCUCCGUUCCCUAGCGCCAGCACCCCCGAGCUCCAUAGGGCUCGGCUCGGAGGUGCUGGAGAGUGGAAUGGGCGAACCCCUCCCGGGACGUCCACGGGUGGCGAGCAGGGUAUCCAGCCGAAUGGCCAUGUCGACAAGCUGGUCAAAGGUCAACGAGGUGUCCCUGCACGCCAACUCUCGCUGGACGUCCUCCCGGAGGCUGCAGCGGAAGUGGUCGAUAUUGGCCCGCUCAUUCCACCCUGCAUCGGCCGCUAGGGUCCGGAAUUCCAAUGCAAAGUCCUGGGCGCUCCUCAUCCCCUGUCGGAGGUAGAACAGACGCUCCCCCGCCGCCUUCCCCUCUGGUGGAUGGUCAAACACAGCACGGAAGCGGCGGGAGAACUCCGCAUAGUUAGUGGUAGCGGCGUCCAUUCUCCUCCAUUCAGCGUUGGCCCACUCCAACGCCUUGCCGGUGAGACAGGAGAUGAGGGCUGAGACGCUCUCGUGUCCCGAGGGCGCCGGGUGUACGGUGGCGAGGUAGAGCUCCACUUGCAGCAGGAACCCUUGACACCCGGCAGUGGAGCCGUCGUACGCCCUCGGGAGCGAGAGCCGAAUCCCACUGGGUUCCGGAGAUGAGGCAGGAGGACUGACCGAUGGGGAUGGUUCGGUUCGUGGGGGCGUGGGUACCCCGCUGGUUUCCCAUCGGUGAAGAGUGUUCAUCACCCCCUCCAGGGCAUGACAGACCUGGUUAAUACGAUCCUCCUGUCCACGAAGACGGUCCUCCAUCCCGGCUGUUGGCGCGGUCGCUCCUGCUGAUUCCAUGGAUAGAUGCGUGAUUCUGUCAGAGUGGUGUGUGUAGAUGAGUGGAAGGAAUCAAGCGCAGGAACCAGGAUGACUUCAACCGUCUUUUUAGUAACGUUCAAACACGUGAACAAAAUAGUCGCCAACCCAACCGGGUGGCGCAAAACAAUUACGCACAAACACAGUGCGAAAUACACAAGAAAAGCGCACGCAGUGCGAACUCUCGGGACAAGCAACAACGAGAGAAAAUGUAACCAUACAGAGGCAGUCUGACAAUAAACAAUCACGCAUAACACCUGACCCAAACAAACGAAACUAAAUAGGGAACAUCAUCAAACACAAACAAGGGACAGGUGUUACAAAGAGACAAAACCAAACGAACAAGAAACAUAGAACGGUGGCAGCUAGUACUCCGGAGACGACGACCGCCGAAGCCUGCCCGAACAAGGAAGAGGAGCAGCCUCGGCCGAAACCGUGACAACAUAACUUAAAAACAUGUCUGACGUAUUGGGGUGCACAAUCGUGGAUUGAUUAUAAACCAAUAGAAGAAUCUUAAAAUGUAUUCUAAAACUCACAGGCAGCCAGUGCAGAGACCUUAAAACCAGUGUAAUGUGUGCUCUCCAUCUGGUCUUGGUCAGUACCCGUGCUACAGCAUUCUGUAUGUUUUGCAGUUGACCAAUGGCUUUCUUGGGUAGACCAGACAGGAGAGCUUUACAGUCGUCAAGCAUGGACGAGUCUCAGCCUGAGAGAGAAACGGUCCACACCUUGUCAAUGUUCCUCAGGUGGUAAAAAGCUAUUUUGGUCAUAUUCCUAUUGUGUGAUUUGAAAUUUAGUUCAGAAUCUAAAAUAUCACCUAGUUUUCUUUUAACCUGGUAUUUUAUCUUUAUUGCCUUUGAAUUAAAAUGUGCGGCUAGAUUCUCUCUGCUUUGGCUCCAACAAUAUGUACCUCGGUCUUGUCUUGAUUUAGCUGAAGAAAGUUGUGAGCCAUCCAAGUAUUUAAAUCACUAAUACAUUUACAUUUGACAUUUGAUUCAUUUAGCAGACGCUAUUAUCCAGAGCGACUUACAGGAGCAAUUAGGGUUAAGUGCCUUGCUCAAAGGCACAUUGGCAGAUCCCCCCCCCCCCCCUAGUCAGCUCAGGGAUUCGAACCAGCGACCUUUUGGUUACUGGCCCAAAACUCUUAACCACUAGGCUACCUGCCGCCCACUAAUACAGUCUAAUAAUUUAUCAUUGGAGCUAAAUUCCUCUGGUGACACAGAAAUGUAAAGUUGUGUAUCAUCUGCGUAGCAGUGAAAAUCAAUGCUGUGCUUUCUGAUAACGCUGCCAAGGGGUAACAUAUAGAAACUGAACAGUACCGGACCCAAAAUCGAACCGAACCUUGUGGAACGCCACGUGAUAUGUAUUUUCUCUGAGUUAUGUCCACCAAGGGUUACAAAAAACUCUCGACCGGUUAAAUAGGUUAGAAUUUAGAACUGGACCGGAGAGGCCAACCCACCUCUCCAGUCUAUCCAGAAGGACAUUGUCACGGUUUCGGCCGAGGCUGCCUCUCUCCCUUGUUCGGGCAGGCUUCGGCGUUCGUUGUCUCCGGAAUACUAGCUGCCACCGUUGUAUGUUUCAUGUUCGUUUGGUUUUGUCUGAUUGUUGUCACACCUGUUUUCAUUUAGUGUCAUUAGUGUCCUAUUUAGUUCUCGUUGUGUUUGUCAGGUGUUGUGUGUUAUUGAUUUUUGUCUGUCGUGUGUAGGGCUGAUGUUCGCUAUUUCGCUCGGUUGAGCUUCCCUCCACUGCGUGGAGUGUUUACGCACCUGUGUAGUGUGCAUUUGUUUUGUUCGCCUUCGUGCGUUAUUUCGCCUACGGGCAAGUGUUCUCGUUAUUUCCUUGUUGGAGAGUUACUAAAGUCUGUUGGACUAUACUUCGGUGUCCUGCGUUUGAUUCCACCACUACACCCACCUACAGCACGCGUGACAGACAUCAUGUUCAACAGUGUCAAAUGCAGCACUUCAAUCUAAGAGUACAAGGACAGAGAGCUGUUUGGCAUCUGUGUUGGCGCUAAGAUAAUUCACCACUUUAACUAAGGCUGUCUCUGUGCUGUGGUGGGUACAAAAACCAGAUUGGAAUUUUUCAGAAAUACAUUUGGCAGUUAAAAAGUCAUUUAGCUGUUUGAAAACCAAUUUCUCCAAAAUGUUGCUUAAGAAUAGAAGGUUGGAGGUUGGCCAAAAAUUACUAAGAGUUGAAUAAUCUAGAUUACUUUUCUUCAGAAGGGGUUUCACCAUAGCGGUUUUUAACAAUAGCUUGCACUUCUUUAGAUAUGCAAUUAAAAACUGUUUUGAAGAAGGUGGUGGGGAUAGGAUCGAGAAGGCAGGUAGAAGGCUUAAGUUUCCUGAGCAUGUCUGUGUCAACCAGGGAAAAUAAAUUCAUAGUGCCUUUGCGUGGUAGGCUAGGGCACAUAACAUUAAACUUCUCAUCAGGUCUUGCUUGACUGAUACCCAGCCUAAUCUUAUCUCUGAAAUAUGCCGCAAACUCAUCACAUUUAGAUGUGGAGGAAAGUUCACAUAGGUUAGCGGGGUAGGAUUUAUUAGGCCAUAUAAUGAUCGAGAAGAGCACUCUCAAAUUAUUCUGAUUAAUAGUGAUCAAGUUAGAAAAAUGAGCCCGUCUGGCAUGUUUAAUUACCUUGUUAUAGAUGCCAAGUUGCUCUAUCAGUAUAUUAUAAUAGACCUGCAACUUUGACUUUCUCCACUUCCGCUCUGCCUUUCUGCAAUUCCUCUUUAAUUGAUUCGUUUCCUCACUCAUCCAAGGGGCUCUCUGUUUGGAUUUGGCCUUUUUCAACUUUACUGGAGCUAUGGUAUAAAUGGUUGCCCUUCAUUUGCUAUUAAAGUUAUCAACUAAAUCAUCACAAGAGGAAGGCAGAAUAGGUGGUGGAUUAUUGGUCAUACAUUCAAUAAAAUCUGUAGCAACUUCAGAGGUAAGAUAGCGUGUCUUAAUAAUGGGUUCAUUAUUACCCUGUGCUAUGGGCAACAAGGUAGUAAAAAAUACACAAGGUGAUCAUAUAAAGCAACAUCAACAAUAGAGGCUAUGUCAAUAGAAAGCCCCUUGGUAAUAACCAGCUCCAGAGUAUGGCCGCGGUUAUGGGUGGGCCCAGUAACAUGUUGGAUAAAGUCCAUAGAGCACAAAAGAUUCAUAAAUUCAAUGGCCUUGGAGUCAGUGUCUUUGUCAACAUGAAUAUUAAAAUCACCCAACACAAUGAUUUUAUCAUAGUUCUCAAGGACAAUAGUUCAGAUAAAUCAGUAAAGAAAAUGGGGCAGUGCUUUGGUGGCCUAUACAGGGUUAUGGCCAGCACAGGUGGCUGACAUUUAAACAGUAUAGCAUGAUGCUCAAAAGACCCAAAGUCGCCAAACGAAAUGCCCUUACAGCUGAGAGCAGUAGUAAAAAUAGAGGAUGUCCCCCCACUCUUUCCCUUUUCUGAUAGAGUAUGAAAAGCUAUAGUCCGGGGGGGGAGGCUUCAAUAAGAGUGGCACUACAGUCUGAUGACAGCCAUGUUUCAGUGAGAAAUAUGCAAUCAACUUUGCGCUCAGUAAUGAGAUCAUUCACAAGAAAGGUUUUUACAUGUGAUUGCUCUAACAUUUAAAUGCGCCAUAUUCAAUGAGUGUGGGCAUGUACAUCGAGGUAACCAAUGGAAUAACAACCAAAUUAUUAACGUUACAACCACGUUUUCUCCAAUCUAUCAGAAUGGUAGGAGAUGACAGUUUGUAUACUGUAAACUCACUAGAAGGCGGAGUUAAAGGAACAUAAAUGAGGUUUCUCACAAUAACCAUAGUGCCAUUUCUACAGGAGUUGACAUGCUUUACAAGUCCUCUGUUGCUUAUUCUGAAAGGGAGAAUUGGAGCACUACCAGACCAUGUCCGUCAGUCUAUAAAACAGUUUGCGAUGUUGCUGGAAAUAAUCCUGGAACCCCUUCGGUUAGGGUGAAUCCCGUCUCUUUUAAAAAGUGCUGGUUGCUCCCACAGAAAAUCAAAGUUGUCACAAAGACAUUCCUGUCAUUGCAAAAUUUAUUCAGGUACUCGUUCAGGGCAAAGAGUCGGCUGAAACUUUCCGAGCCCCUUCGGUAGCAUGGGAGGGUGCCAGAGAUAAUUAUUCUCUUCACUGUGCUAGCGAGGGUGUUUAAAACAUGUAGUCCUCGCUCAGUUCCUCAGAUCGCCUAAAUCGAAGGCUGUUCAAAUCUACGAGUGACAAUGGUUUCAAUAUUGGAGUAGUUGGCCAGAACCGUGGGCAGGAGGGAGUUGAUGUCGUGGACACGGGCUCCUGGGUGACAGUGGACCUUGGUCGGUCCACAGAUCAUAGGCAGGCCAAAAUCUCUCACCAUCGAGCUGCCCACAAUGAUGGUGGUUGUGAUGGAAUCCGAUGGGGAAGCGACCUGCUGAACUGCGGUGUCUGUGGGCAGGGUGCCACUGGCCGCCGGCUGUUGGUAUACACCCAGGAUCCGUGCUGACUCCUGGGGCAUGUAGGUCCGUCUCAAGCGGGGAAAAGCUGUUUGAUAGCUGGAUCGGAUCUUCUCGGAUAGAUGAAGGGUGGCCAGACUGCCUUCCCAAACUCCUACGCCUUGCGAGUGUCCAGUCUCCCAUGGGCUGCGGAUUUGAGUUUAACAUCUGUCUGUUGGAUUGGUACAGAUUAACGCCGUUUGACCCAUCGACAGCUUUGCUAUAGGAGGCAUUUAAAACUGAGGUUCGGUUUGCCUGGGUUACAGCAAGGUCGGUGUACAUAGAAAGCAGAUUAUAUAACCUUUUCUCGCAGCCGAACUACAUAGCCAGGGGAUCUCUUCCCUAAAGUGCUUGAUGGUGGUGCAUUUAGGGCAGACAAAUCCCUGUUUAUUUUCAAGUUCCACCUUAUCUUAUUCUUGUGAUUGUGUGGAAAUCAUCUCACACCUGAAGCAUUUGUACCCAACCGUGGAUAAAAACACAGGUGGGCUAGCACUGCUAGCCUUAGCCUGCUCUGUCCCAGCCGUAAAGGCUGACCGUGUAGUGAAAUCCGUAGCAAUACAAACUUUAGUUACAACUAUUUCAUGAAAACUAUUUCAUAAAAACAACAAACCGAGUGUAGACAGUACACUGUUCUGUUGCGCGCUAUGAUGAUGCCCUUGUGUGCAUUUUUGAUACCAUUCAUUCCUAUGUGAAGUCUCAAUAACGCAUUGAAGCCAAAUUAAGUCGGUUAGAAUGGUGUCUCAUGGAGACAUAACAUGCGCAGUUUGAGCUACUCCAGGAAGUGAUGUUGCACGCUAGCUCAGUGCUGCCCCUCUCAUUGAGUAACUCAAGUUGAAGGCCGACCGGGGUACUGCAGGCUUCCAUUAGCAACUAAAUUAUCCUUAACUUCUUCUGUGUGUGAUUUUAAAAUAAUCGGUUCAAGGACAUACAUCUGGUGCAUUAGAAGCUAUUAUUGGUACCUUGAUUGUCCUCCAUAUUAUUUUAUUGACAUGAAAAUUGAUGACGAAGUUUGCCAUUUUCCCAUUCACUAUAAUGGAGAUCCUUAUUUAUUUUUCCACUAACAAUGCCUGCAGUACCGUGGUUGGCCUUCAAUUUUUGUUGCUUCUAUGAGAGGCGGCAGUCGUUCUCCCCUGGUUUUGGUAACUUUUCUUGUUAGCUGAGAAGUGUUGAUAACAUCAUCACCCAAGCCUGGAGUCAGAGAGAGAGAGAGCAAUGAGUCCCUUGGGUUAGAGUUUUGAGCCUUCAGCUCGAUGGGCUAAUCCUAUUCUGGGAAAGUGUAUUUGAUUUGCAGCACCAAGUCUCCUGGGGCUUCUUGCAGUAGGUUUGAGCCGGAAUAAAGGGCUAGUUUCUGUCACACACAGUAGGCUACAUCCACAAACAUGAUCAUUGCAACCACACUGCACCACAAUGUACAGUAACCACCAAAGUCUCCAGGCUUGUCACCCUCUGUACUGCAAGAUAAUAAUAUAUAAUAUGCCAUUUAGCAGACGCUUUUAUCCAAAGCGACUUACAGUCAUGCGUGCAUACAUUUUUGUGUAUGGGUGGUCCCGGGGAUCGAACCCACUACCUUGGCGUUACAAGCGCCAUGCUCUACCAGUUGAGCUACAGAGGACCACAGGAUCAGAGCAAAUCACUGUAUUAAUGCGUUCACACUGGCCUCAAUGAUAGCCACUAGUGCGGCUGCAUCGAGGAAUGUUGGAGACCGGGGGGAAAUGCUGACAUCAGCUGGAUCCACUGCUCCACUCGGCACAAUCCACAGGGGAGCAAGCCGUUAAGCCUGGCUUCUUUCUCUAGCUCUCCGACGGUUCCCUUUUCCCUCACAGUCACACUGUAUAGUGGUGGUAAUCGCCUAAACCAUCAUUUUAAAUGUUCAGACUGUCACAAAUUAGAGAUGUGGGGAAUGCUCCAAGUAGGAAAACAUGAUGAACACAUUACAGACAGAGGAGAAUGUGUUCAUUGUGUUGGAUGUGAUUCAUAUCCAGCCGUGCUUAUUUACAGUUGAGUGGUGCUUCAGAUUCUGCAGUUGUUUGAAGUAGGGUGAUAAUGUGAUUCUGGUGUUUGAUAAAGGGCAGACUCCAAGGUUACUCUUCCGGAAUAUUAUUAACAUUUAUUUACAUUUACAUCAUCUAGCAGACGCUCUUAUCCAGAGCGACUUACAAAUUGCUGCAUUCAACUUAUGAUAUUAUGCAGGUUUUAUAAAUCCACUAUGGGCUUUCAUGAAGAAAUUCCACACAGUUUGUAUGACAAUUUACCAAAAAUACUAUUGUGUUAAGAUGCAGGUUAUGUUGUGUUAUGAAAGCAGCCUUGGCUAAUUUGCAUUUUGAGAUCUGUGUGAUCUCGCUCGCCGUAGCCGAUGUGAGUAAGACCUUUAAACAGGCCGCGGGGCCAGACGGAUUACCAGGACGCGUACUCUUAGCAUGCGCUGACCAGCUGGCGGGUGUCUUCACUGAAUUGUUUUUAUCUCCCCCUGACCCAGUCUGUGAUACCUACAUGUUUCAAGCAGACCAACAUAGUCCCUGUGCCCAAGAACGCCAAGGUAACCUGUCUAAAUGACUACCGACCCGUAGCACUCACAUCUGUAGCCUUGAAAUACUUUGAAAGGCUGGUCAUGGCUCACAUGAACACCAUCAUCCCAGAAACCCUGGACCCACUCCAAUUCGCAUACCGCCCCAACAGAUCCACACAUGACGCAAUCUCUAUUGCACUCCACACUGCCCUCUCCCACCUGUACAAGAGGAACACUUAUGUGAGAACGCUGUUCAUUGACUACAGCUCAGCGUUAAACACCAUAAUGCCUUCCAAGCUCAUCACUAAGGUCAGGACCCUGGGACUAACCUCCCUCUGCUACUGGAUCCUGGACUUCCUGACGGGUGGUGAGGGUAGGCAACAACACAUCUGCCACGCUGACCCUCAACACGGGGGCCCCUCGGGUGCGUGCUUAGUCCCCUCCUGCACUCCCUGCUCACCCACGAAUGCACGCACGACUCCAACACCAUCAUUAAGUUUGCUGACGACAUGAUGGUGGUAGGCCUGAUCACCGAUGAGACCGCCUAUAGUGAGGAGGUCAGUGACCUGGCAGUGUGGUGCCAGGACAACAACCUCUCCCUCAACGUCAGCAAGACAAAAGAGCUGAUCGUGGACUACAGGAAAAGGAGGGCCGAGCACGCCCCCAUCCACAUUGAUGGGGCUGGAGUGGAGCAGGUCGAGAGCUUCAAGUUCCUCGGUGUCCACAUCACUAAGGAAUUAACAUGUCCCACACACACCAACACAGUCAUGAAGAAGGCACGACAAUGACUCUUCCCCCUCAGGAGACUGAAAAGAUUUGGCAUGGGCCCUCAGAUCCUCAAAAAGGUCUACAGCUGCACAAUUGAGAGCAUUUUGGCUGGCUGCAUCACCGCUUGGUAUGGCAACUGCUUGGCAUCCAACCGCAAGGCGCUACAAAGGGUAAUGCGUACGGCCCAGUAUAUCACUGGGGCCGAGUUCCCUGCUCUCCAGGACCUGUUUAUUAUCUAUCCUUUUGCCUAGUCACUUUACCCCUACCUAUAUGUACAUACUGUAUCUACCUCAAUUACUUCGUACCCCUGCACAUCGACUUGGCACUGGUACCCUGUGUAUAUAGGCAAGUUAUCAUUACUCAUUGUGAAUUUAUUCCUCAUGUUAAUAUUUUUCUCUCUGCAUUGUUGGGAAGGGCCUGUAAGUAUUUCACUGUUGGUAAUAAUAUUUAUAAACUAACCGGCAGACCUGUUAAUCCUAUGUUUGUUGUGUUGUUUGACAUAAUCCAGAUCUAGAACUUGCUCACUAAGAUGUUUUGAUUGUGAUGCAGGUCCAGAGGAACGCUUUCACAGUCGUGUUCGACGAGCGUUUCUCCAUAGCCCUGGAUCCAUCUUGUCUGGAGGAGAACAGCCUGCGCUUUGCCGCAUUCGGCAUCGACGCGGAGGAGAGGAACAUCAGCGCCGGGCUAGCAGAGCUCAAGCUGUCUGACCUGGACCUUUCUAUCAGACCCUUUAACGCCUGGCUCUACCUGCAAGAUGUUAACAAGGUAAAAAUCAGCACCUUUGGGUUGAUUUUUAGUAUUGCCCUAAUGUGCUGAUGUCCUGUGGCCUGCCACCUACAGCACACAUGUCUCAGUGUCGGCGUGGGUUGGAAUCUGGCCCACUGCCCAUUUUACAUUCUCCUCCUGUCUUUCUCUCAUCUCUUUACCCUUACAAAAAAAACACGUCCAUUUUGCAGUUUCACAUGUGAAAUAGCUGUUUUCACAUGUUGAGCUGAAAUUUCACAUGUGAAACCAUAUUUUUCACAUGUAUAAAAUGUAGAGUUCUCAUGUUAUCACCACCUUUUCACAUGUGAGAAAGACACCAUGUUUUCACCUCACGUGAAUUGUAGUUUCACAUGUGAAAUUUGCGGUUUCACAUGUUAAAAACAUUCACAUUUGCCGUUUCACAUGUAAAACAACUCCACAUGUGAAAAUCUCACUUUCACAUGUGGAAUUGCAAGUUCACAUGUGAAAAUCAAUCACGUGAAAAAAUCUAAUUUGCUUUUUCACAUAACACAACUCCAUAUGUGAAAAUCGCACAUUUACAUGUGGAGUUGCAAGUUUACGUGAAAAACAAUCACAUUAAUGUGAGAUUUUCACAUUAAAGUUUUUCACAUAUGAAACUGCAAAUUAGAUUUUUACAUGUGAUUGUUUUUCACGAACAACUCCACAUGUGAAAGGAAACUAAUCUAAUUUGCAGUUUCCAAUGUUUGUAAACAAAGCAAAGGUAAACACUCACUGCCUCUGAAGCUAAGCAGGGUUGGUACUACUCAGACCCUGGAUGGGAGACCAGAUGUAGCUGGAAGUGGUAAAAAUAAUCCUGUGAAAACAAAUGUCACGUGGGGAAAUUAUUUUUCACGAGGGACAAACGUGAAAAAUGUACAGGUGAAACUUAACACGACUCUGAAAACCACGUCUGACUUGUGAAAAUUUAGAAUGUGAAUAAUUUAUUUAUCAUAUUAUGAACAUUUUCACAUUAUUUGUUCACACGUGUCCGAAAACCAUGUUUAAAAAAUGUAAUAGUUUUUUCCUAUACCCCCUUUUUCUCCCCAAUUUCGUUGUAUCCAAUUGGUAGUAAGUCUUGUCCCAUCGCUGCAACUCCCGUACGGACUCGGGAGAGGCAUGCAUCCUCCGAAACGUAACCCAACCGAGCCGCACUGCUUCUUGACACAAUGCCCGCUUAACCCGGAAGCCAGCCGCACCAAUGUGUCGGAGAAAACACUGUACACCUGGCGACCUUGUCAGCUUGCACUGCGCCAGGCCCGCCACAGGAGUCGCUAGUGCGCGAUGGGACAAGAACAUCCCUACCAGCCAAACCCUCCCCUAAUUUGGACGACGCUAGGCCAAUUGUGCACCGCCCCAUUGGUCUCCCGGUCGCGGCCGGCUGCGACAGAGCCUGGACUCGAAUCAGGAUCUCUAGUGGCAUAGCUAGCACUGCGAUGCAGUGCCUAAGACCACUGCGCCACUCGGGAGGUCCUUCAUGUUUAUUUUUGUAAGGGUAAUAAAGCAUAUAAAAUGUACGUUUUAAAAGUGCUGAUGGCAGGAAGGAGAACAUGAGACAUGGAGAUAGGUGGCCUUUUGAGGAUAAAUCAUGUAAACAGUUUCAUCUUUAUAGAAUCGUCAGUGACGGUCGUUUCUGUGCAGUGUGCAACAAUGGCCUCUUUUGGCUUGUGUUGUCUGUAGGCCGUGGAUGCAGUUGGGGAGAUUCUGCUGUCUCUUAGCUACUUGCCCACCGCUGAGCGCCUUACAGUGGUGGUGGCCAAGGCAAAGAACCUUGUGUGGACCAAUGACAAAACCACAGCAGGUGACACUACUUUACAGCUUUAGCUCUUAUGUUUGUCUACAGUGAGGGAAAAAAAAGUAUUUGAUCCCCUGCAGAUUUUGUACGUUUGCCCACUGACAAAGAAAUGAUCAGUCUAUUUUUUUAAUGGUAGGUUUAUUUGAACAGUGAGAGACAGAAUAACAACAACAAAAUCCAGAAAAACGCAUGUCAAAAAUGAUAUAAAUUGAUUUGCAUUUUAAUGAGGGAAAUAAGUAUUUGACCCCUCUGCAAAACAUGACUUAGGACUUGGUGGCAAAACCCUUGUUGGCAAUCACAGAGGUCAGACGUUUCUUGUAGUUGGCCACCAGGUUUGCACACAUCUCAGGAGGGAUUUUGUUCCACUCCUCUUUGCAGAUCUUCUCCAAGUCAUUAAGGUUUCGAGGCUGACGUUUGGCAACUCGAACCUUCAGCUCCCUCCACAGAUUUUCUAUGGGAUUAAGGUCUGGAGACUGGCUAGGCCACUCCAGGACCUUACUGUGCUUCUUCUUGAGCCACUCCUUUGUUGCCUUGGCCGUGUGUUUUGGGUCAUUGUCAUGCUGGAAUACCUUUCCACAACCCAUUUUCAAUGCCCUGGCUGAGGGAAGGAGGUUCUCACCCAAAAUGUGAUGGUACAUGGCCCCAUCCAUUGUCCCUUUGAUGCGGUGAAGUUGUCCUGUCCCCUUAGCAGAAAAACACCCCAAAGCAUAAUGUUUCCACCUCCAUGUUUGACGGUGGGGAUGGUGUUCUUGGGGUCAUAGGCAGCAUUCCUCCUCCUCCAAACAUGGCGAGUUGAGUUGAUGCCAAAGAGCUCCAUUUUGGUCUCAUCUGACCACAACACUUUCACCCAGUUCUCAUCUGAAUCAUUCAGAUGUUCAUUGGCAAACUUCAGACGGGCAUGUAUAUGUGCUUUCUUGAGCAGGGGGACCUUGCGGGCGCUGCAGGAUUUCAGUCCUUCACAGCGUAGUGUGUUACCAAUUGUUUUUUUGGUGACUAUGGUCCCAGCUGCCUUGAGAUCAUUGACAAGAUCCUCCCGUGUAGUUCUGGGCUGAUUCCUCACCGUUCUCAUGAUCAUUGCAACUCCACGAGGUGAGAUUUUGCAUGGAGCCCCAGGCCGAGGGAGAUUGACAGGUCUUUUGUGUUUCUUCCAUUUGCUAAUAAUCGCACCAACUGUUGUCACCUUCUCACCAAGCUGCUUGGCGGUGGUCUUGUAGCCCAUCCCAGCCUUGUGUAGGUCUACAAUCUUGUCCCUGACAUCCUUGGAGAGCUCUUUGGUCUUGGCCAUGGUGGAGAGUUUGGAAUCUGAUUGAUUGCUUCUGUGGACAGGUGUCUUUUAUACAGGUAACAAGCUGAGAUUAGGAGCACUCCCUUUAAGAGUGUGCUCCUAAUCUCAGCUCGUUACCUGUAUAAAAGACACCUGGGAGCCAAAAAUCUUUCUGAUUGAGAGGGGGUCAAGUACUUAUUUCCCUCAUUAAAAUGCAAAUCAAUUUAUAAUAUUUUUGACAUGCGUUUUUCUGGAUUUUUUUGUUGUUAUUCUGUCUCUCACUGUUCAAAUAAACCUACCAUUAAAAUUAUAGACUGAUCAUUUCUUUGUCAGUGGGCAAACGCACAAAAUCAGCAGGGGAUCAAAUACUUUUUUCCCUCACUGUAUAGCAUCCUGUGUGAUUUACCUAUUCACAUCAAUACUAUAUAUUACCCAAUCAUUCAACAAUUUAUCUUUCUAUUUUGCUUUUUGCAAAGUGAUUUGCCAUAAUUAUCACUAGAAUUCAUGACUGAAUGUCUCAAAAAGGGGGUACAUUUUUCGUUAAAUGAAAUAUUUACCCUAACUUUUCCUCCAUUAUGCUAACAUGUAAAGUUAAAUAUGAAGAACAAUGGUCGCAUGGGUUAAAACAUAUAUUUUUUUGUUUUACUUUUAUCGCUGUCUACACAGAGACUAUUAUCUCUGAUGACACUUUUGGUAUUUAAAUAGUUUGUGAACAAAGCUGUCACAAUCUCUCUGUUAAUAGAUCCCUUUGUCAAAGUGUACCUUCUGCAAGAUGGUAAGAAGAUCAGCAAGAAGAAGACCUCCAUGAAAAGAGACGACACCAACCCCAUCUUCAACGAAGCCAUGAUCUUCUCUGUGCCUGCUGUCGUGUUACAGGUGACACUGGGAAGGGAUGGUACCAUGGUAGUGAAAGGACAGCUGAACGGAUUUAGUCAAAUGAAAUUCGCUCUUAUCAAAUUAAAUGUGACUUUAUAGUUGUAUUUUGGUUGAGCAGUUGUUGUUAGACUGCAUUAACACUGUGAACCACAUAGGCUUCACUUUUGACCCUCUCUGGAGUACUACAGUGCACUAAUCUUAUAGUGAAUGCAGUUAUAGUGGUAAACCAUUUAUAGUGAUCAGAUUGUCCUGUACUGAUUUGAUUACUAUAAGAGGAUUGCACUGUACUAUGUUGGGGCCGAGGGCUGGUGCUGACACUGUGCUCCAUCUUCAGGAACUCUCCCUGAGGAUCACAGUGGCGGAGGGCACCGACGACGGCAGGGGCGAGAACGUGGGUCACGUGAUUAUCGGGCCCGAGGCGAGCGGCAUGGGCAUCACCCACUGGAACCAGAUGUUGGCAACACUGAGGAAACCUGUGUCCAUGUGGCACCCUCUGCGGAGGACCUAG